CACCACCAUCACGAGAUGUGUCCCGCGGCUCAUGCUCCCCUCUGCACGCUCCACGAUUUCGGUCCUGUGACAGUGCCAAUGGUGUCCCAAAGUGGCUCACCGCCGAUUCCAAUGCCCGUCCAAGUGCCGCCCGGCCACCUGAUGCAACAGAUCGUCGAUGAGAAUGGCACUCUACGUCAUGUGAUAUUGUCCACGGCCCACAAUCAGCAGAUCCAUGGACAGGGAAGUGUGCAAGGUGUCCAGCACCAUAUUCAUGGCCAUUAUAUCGCCGCCAAUGGGACAACGCCAUCGUUUUACGGGCCCCUGGCGGCGGGAUAUCCUGGUCCGGGACCAGGUGCACACUUCCAUCCCAUCCCAGGGGGUCACCUGCAGCCACAGCAGUUAUCGCACUCGCCACACUCGCCGUCGCCGCCCAAUAACAAUUACCACAAGGACGAGCGAACUCAGCGGCAGCACACAAAGUUGCUGAGGAAGUUGGAUCAGCAGCAGCAGAAGCAGCGUGAAAUGAAUUCGGCACUCUCAACUCCGGCUCACUCGCCGUCGCCGCGCAAGAGUGAACUCAAUGGACUGCGAAGGACGACACCAGCGUCGCGAAAUGGCGCCUCGUCUGUGGGCACGUCAGAGGAUGGCGAAGAGUCGUCCAGCGUGCCGGACGAGGAGGAUGACUACCAGCCACUGAUUGACCAGCUGUCUGCUGUGCAAUCACCUCAGGUGUCUGAGGUGAUGUCCAAGUCAGCUCUGCUUCAGUGGGCCGCGCCGCCGAACAGUGAGCAAGUCACCCUGAAUCCCCGUGAUCUCCAGUACGAGGUGCUGCUGAGCGAUCGUGGCAAAGAUGGCAAGUACAAGAGCAUCUUCAAGGGGUCAUCGCUGUCGUGUCGCAUUCAGGAUCUCAGGCCGGGUCAGGAGUACUCUGUGUGUCUGCAAGUGCACUAUCAGGAGCUCCAGGGAUCAGCGUCGGAGCCGACAGUCUUCACCACACCACCUUGUCCGCCGGACACUCCUUUUGCGCCCAAGCUCAUCACGCGAACAAAGAAUAGCCUCCAGGUGAGGUGGAACGCCACUGCGGACAAUGGCUCGCAUAUUCUGCACUACAUUCUGGAGUACGACGAGGGCAAAGGCAAGGAGUUUGUGGAAGUGUGCAAGACAAAGGGCAGGCAGUACUCGCUCACAAAGCUGCAGCCAUCCACAUGGUAUAGUUUCCGUUUGGCAGCUGUGAAUGAUUGUGGAAAGUCACCCUAUUCAGACAUCAUCACCUUCUGCACAGCUGCUAAUCCACCCCCACAGCCCGCGGCGCCCACUCUGGCUUCUGCUACGUCCACGUCGCUGCGUCUGGAGUGGAUUAGGCGAUCGCAGGAGGAGGAGUAUGUGCUGCAGAUGGCGGACAAGGAGUCAGGGCAUGGGUAUCUGCCCAUGUACACGGGUCGGGAUACUGUCUAUGAGUGUAUCAAUCUUCGGCGUGCCACGGUGUUUCACUUUCGCCUGAAGGCGGAGAAUGAGGUGGGUUCAUCGCCGUGGAGUGAUGAGGUGAUCUACAGAACACUCCCGGAGCGCCCUGGUCGUCCUGGGAAGCCGCAGGUGAAGGGGAAAAUCCAUGCGACGAAUUUCAAAGCGAAAUGGGAACCGCCAUCAGAUCGGGGUGGAUCGGAGAUCAAGAUGUACUACCUGGAGAUCAAUGCUGGAGCUGGAUUCGAGCGUGUGUACAUGGGAUGUGACACAGAGGCGAUCUGCGACCGCCUCAGUCCGGGCACGACGUAUCAGAUACGGGUGUGGUGUGAGGGUGCGGCGGGUGCCAGUGCCCCGUCUGAGCCCUGCACUGUGACCACGGAGGCUGUGGCUCCGGUGGCGCCUCCGCCGCCCUUCUGCAGCACGCCGCCCGGUCCCUAUGCCACGGUGCUGCGCUGGGAGCGUCCAGACUACAAUGGCGGGGCGCCGGUGACGGAGUACGAGGUGGAGAUGGAGGGCGGAGUGCCCAGGCAGAGGGUUCACGUGUACAGGGGAAAGGACACGCAGUGCGUGGCGAAGGAUUUGGUGCCGGGUGAGGUGUAUGUGGCACAGGUGCGUGCCAUAAACCGCAUCGGAGCUGGUCCGUGGUCGGAGGACGGGAGCUUUGCCGCGGGAGCAGCUCGGCCGGGUGUUCCGGGGCGGCCUGAGGUGGCCGUGAGAUCGGCAACGCAUCUCACGGUGUCGUGGGAGGAGCCCGCAACGAAUGGUGCUUUCAUCUCUGAGUAUCGCCUCGAGAGUGCCGUGAACAAUCAGGAGGAUUGCUACAAUAUCGCGUACCAGGGUGUGCAGACGAUGGCCGAGGUGAGGAAUCUUAUGCCAUUCACCACCUACUUCUUCCGGGUGUGUGCCACAAAUGCGGCUGGCAUCAGUGACUUCUCGACGCUGGUGAGUGCAAAGACGCCCGCCGCCGCGCCCAAUGCGCCCGUCAUCGACUCAUGUGACAUCACAUCGACGGAGGUGACGGUGUACUGGCGCGCCCCCGAUUGCCAUGGCAGCCCCAUUCGGCACUACAGCAUUGAGUGUGCCGAUCACACGGUGGCGACGGAGGACGCCGUGACGGAGUACUGCAUUGGUGACCUGCAACCCGAGACACUGUACAAAAUCAAAAUUCAGGCUGUGAAUGAUGUUGGCGCGGGUCCACUGUCGAGUGCCCUUCGUGUCACGACACUGCCGCUGCCACCGAAACCACCGCGACUCGAGUGCACGGCGGCCGGCCACAAUUUCGUGAAGCUCAAGUGGGGCGACGGCAAGAAUAUCGACUUCACGCGCUAUCACGUGGAGAUGAUGAACAAUCGCAGCCGAGAGUUUGUCACUGUGUACACAGGCACCAGCUUCACGUGUCGCGUGCCAAAGCUGCAGGAGCAGGCCACCUAUGUGUUCCGGAUAUGUGCCGAAACGGAUCAUGCGGGCAUUGGUGAUUACUCCGACGAGGUGGCAUUUGAGACGACCGCCGCGCUGCCGAGCAGUAUCAAAUCGCCAAGAAUCUACGAGCCGGCGGCUGUCACAGCGCCACAGGACAGCAGCAAUUGUGAUCAUAUACACGUGGAGUGGCAGCACAGCAAGAAUACAUUUCCUGAUCCAGUUGAGUACAUUCUCCAGUGCACACGGAGCAAAGAGCAAGACUACAAACAGAUCUACCGUGGUCCAGAGACACGAUUUACAGUGGAGAAUCUGGAGUGUGGUGUGGAGUAUUGCCUGAGGGUGUGUCCUGUGCGCCUAAUGGCGACAGGUGAAUGUCUUCCGGGGAGUUUCUCGCCUGUGCUGCGUCACCUUGUGCCACUGAAGUCAAAAAGUGUGAUUGAUUCAAAUGCAAUUAGUGGCGGUCAUGGAUUGUCCAGCGCCACGGGAGCUUCAAGUGUCCCAAGUCAGGCAUUUGACGACAAUCUCUCCAAUGUUGGUGCUGUUCAGAGGAUUCUCGGCCGAGUCACGACAAUCUAUUCAUCCCGGAGGAACUUCACGGAUCAACAGAAGGCCAUCAUAAUAGCAAUUUUUCUCAUGAUCGGAAGUGUUAUUUUAGCCUAUGUCGUUAAACUUUUUAAUUUCAGCUAAAAUGCCUUUUUUUCUCCAUGCAUUCUGAACAAAGAGAUGAGAAGAGAGAAAAAUUCUCAGAGAGCUAAAAGAGGGACAGGCUGAGAACAAUGAUACAGUAAAAUGGAAAUAGGACGUAAAACACACACACACACACAUAUUCAUAGUAAUUGCUAAAGAAUCUUUGUGAUUGUCUCAUUUUGUGCAUUCUCUAAAUGCUCUUCCGACUUAUUUUUGUUGUUUAGUGAAGACUUUUCUCUAAUUCAUUCUUGUAAAAUUAAGGAUAAAAUAUCGUUUGUUGAAUAGGGACAGUUUUUGUUUCGGAAUUGUCCACUAAAACAUUUUCUCUAAUUUUUCCUGCUUUUCUUAUUGACAAGCUAUUCUUAUACAUCUCACACUGCAAUGAUGUCUACUUAUGAGAAAAUUUAUGCCAAUUCUUGUUGCAAUUCCUGUGGGCUUUAAAUAUGUAAAAGAAGAAGAAGAAGAUGGAAGGAAAAAAAUAGGAUAUCAUGCGCAAAUGACUUUCUAAAAGUAAAUGUAAUAUUUCCCAACAUUAUCUCUCUCUAUAAUGGUGAAAAAUUGUAAAAAAAAAGAAGUCUUAUGUGAAAAACAAAGAAAAAGUUAGUACGUUUAAAAUUACACAUACUAAAUGAAGAAAAAAUCUGUAAUAAUCAUGAAUAGUUAAUGUAGAUAAUGGGUGGCAUGAGAGGAAGUUAAGUUUUCUUUUUUAAGUGCAAGGGAGAAAUUGCGAAUUGGGAAAAAGUCUGGUCUAUGCUGUUCUUAUACUUGAUGGCGUAAAAGAAGAAGGAGAGAAAAAUGUGAAGUCGAAUGAGAUGGAGAAACAAUGUUAGUGAUUAAGUGAAUUGAUGAAUAAGUUAGAUGGAACAUAUUGAAUCUCUCUUAUUCAAUUAAAAAAAAAAGAAAAGAUACUAUGAUCAAAAUGGUAAUAGAGAAUGCGUAAUGAUAGCAGAAACAAAAAAAAAACAAAAUGUUUAAGGGGUUUUGGAGGAGGUUUAUAUAUAAAUGAAGGAAAAUAGUUAUAGUAUGGUUGCGAUUUGUUUGUUUAUUAUUAUUUUUUUUACUUUUUAAGAAGGUGCUAUUAACUAAAGUCUAGUUCCAUUCAAUCUUAUUGAGAGAAGGUGUAGAAAUUGAAGAUGAAGAAGAGAAAAAUUAAGAAAGAAAACAUGAGGAUAAGUGAACGAGAACACAAAAUAAUUAUAGUGACAGAGCAGAAAAUGAUAUGUAAUAUUUAUACAAAACAAAAAAAAAAACAUGAUGAAAAUUUAUCUAGUUGGAAGAGAUGAGAACAGACGGUCAAAUGAUUUCUUUUUCCACAGUUUUUGUGUUUCUUCAAAUGCAACAUUGAGCGUGAGUGCGGAAAAUGCAAUGAACUUUUCUUACCACAAGGAAGUGACAAGUGCACUAGAUAAAAUUUUUGUCGGGGCUUAUGUUAAAACAACAUUAUAUAUUAUAUAUACAGGUAGUUUUAUUAAUUGAAAACAUGAUGAAAAAAUCGCGAGAAAACAUGAUAACAGAGAAAGAGAGGAAAAAAAACAUUUUUAUACGAAAGAUGAUGAAUUAUAAUAUAGGAGAAGAGGAGGAAAAUUGAUUGUACCUACAAGAAGAAAAAGGAACUUAGGAGAAAACACAGAUGGACGGUUAUUGUAAUUAUUUCGCUAUAUGGUGGAAACGAAGAUCCGUUGUCUCAAGAUGAAAUGAUGACUGUAGCAUGAUAGGUUUUAUGUUGGCUUUUUUUUGCUACACUUCUAAUCUUUAUUCAUCCAUAAGCCGGAAUCACACAUUACACAGUCGAAAGGCAAUGGCAGAUUAAAUCGCGUGGCAUUUUUAUCACUCUUCUGUGCAAAUAAUAUUGCAAAUUUUUGCAAAUUAGCUAUUUAGCUUAAUGGACUACUUAAGACGUUACUCGGGAUUUUUCCUACUGUUUCGAUAUGGUCUCCUUUUUUUAAUAGGCAAGUCAUAAAGCGAGAUCUUUUAUUACGACAGAACGAUUCAGUCGUUGCUUUGCGGCGGUCCCGUUUUUCUCACUUUGACUCAAUUUUUUAUAUAUAAACACACUUUUCAAUGAAUUGAUAGAACAUUUUCAACUGGUUAUUCCAUCCGUACAAUGGCCUAUGUGUGUAGAGAGAGAGAGAGAGAGAGAGAGAGAGAGAGAGUUGUUUAACAAAAAGGGGAAAAAAAAAACGAUACGAGAACAUUAAAAACAAUGAACAAAGGUAGUGAAAAAAGCGUCUUAGAAAAGUUACGAGUUUGAAGAGAAAAGAUGAAGAGAAGAAAUGCUAUAAAUAUUUUUUGAGUAAUAUUUACAUGGAGAUGAAGAUCAUUUUAUUUCUACAUUAUCUCUUGUGCAAUAUAUAAAUAAUUUUUUUUAUAAAUGCAAUUUUUCUUUUAGAAGGAACGAUGUAAUUUAUUGCGUGUGGAUGAAGAUGGGUGAAAAGGGGGAUUUUUGUAAUGGGCAGAAGAGGGAAAAGUGGAGAAAAAGAGUCCUAAGAAAACCGAAGAUUCAGUAUUUUAUUUAGUUUCAGAGAAAGAAGCUCUUUUUUUUUAAAGCAUAAAUCUUUUAUACAACAGCUACAAAACGAUACAUUCCAUUUUAUAGAAGAAGAGGAAAAAGGAAUCAAAGAAACAUGAGUUGAUGAUUAUUAUCUUUUUUUCCCUAAUUAUAUACAGAAAAUGAUGCAGUGACGAACGUGUCUAAUAUUACUCAAAAGUGUUCCAUGACAUAAGAUUUGAAAAUUGAGGAAAGAAUUUGACAAAAUCCUAAGUAACUUUUGCAUCUAAAGGAUUAGAGGAUGAAGGCAAAAAAACAUGACGAUGAAAUUGCAUUUUAGAUGAAGCAGCGAAGCUACUUUUUAAACGGAAAAGAUGAUGAAAAGGACAACAAAACAAAGACGACGAAAACUGCUCACAAAUUUUAUUCUUUCCAUGAUGUUUUAUAUUCAGCUGGCUAAAUAUUAAUAUCACAAGUGUUUAAAUAAACAAUAGAAGAUGAAGUUGAUGGAGAUUAAAUUGUAAACUAUUCCAGAAUAUACCAAACAAAAUUGAACAGUAUUGAUGAUGGAAAUAAAAUAAUUAUGAUGCUAAAAUAAUAAAAUGUGCAUGCUAUUAAGACAAAAUGUGAGAAAAACUCAUUGCUAUUAAAUGUGAAAAUAAUGUGUAAAGUUCACGAGAAAGAAUUUCAGUGGAUCUUUUAUAAAAACCUCUCAUUGUGUGACGAUAAUCAAAAUUUUAUUCUCCAACCCCAUGAAAAGAAUAUUAAUAAUAAUUAAGUGAAGCUCCUCUUAAUGGAUGGAACGAUAAAGAAUUUAAACAAGAUUAUACACUCACACAUCAACUAUCCUAAAUAUUUAAAAUAUAUAAGUGAAAAAGGUGGAAAAAAAAUUUAUUGACAUAUUAAUGGCAAAAAAAUAGUGAAAAUGAAUGAAAAUAACCACAUUUAUUCGCAUUUUAAUCCGAAUGUUUGGACGCUGGAAUUGAAAUGACAAGAAAUAUGACAAUUUUAGAGGCGAAAAGUGUCAAACACAAGAGUGAAGAGAACAAAGCAUGAAGAAAUUAAGGAGAAGUAAAUAAAAAUCGAGUCAAGAUUGUAAAAUGUUGCUGAAAAGAAAAGAAGGAUGGAAGAGGAAAAUUUUGAGAGAUGAGAACGGAAAAGGAAAAAAGAAUGUAGAUUUUAUGACUAUUGAUGAGAAGAAA